GCGCAUCUGCCGCCCUCUGUCAUGCACGAAAGGUGAAUUCGAGUUGUCAAAAUUGGAAAAUAUUUUCCCUUGCUUUAAAAUGGGUGGACACCAAAGUAGAACAAGAAAAUUAACAGUGGAAAAUGACGACCCAACUAGUGUUAUAAAAGUAUCCGACGAUGUCGUCCAACGCAUUAAAAAUAGUCAAGAAGCGAAACCAGCGGUCCCGGAACCGGUGCCGCAGUCAACCCCACAACAGCCCCCUCUAGUGAACCAACCACUGUUCUUGUACGAACCCAACGUCACAUCCUUGCAACUAAGACAAGCUAAUGUAGCCGAACUGAAAAAGAACGAUCAUUACUGGGAAAAUAGGCUCAAAAAUCAGCAAGCCAAUCACAAGGCGAUCAACGACAUUCUAGAGAGUGAAUACCAGAAGGCUAUGGCCGAAAUGGACGUUAAGGACAAACCGAAAACGCAAAAAAAUGAGCUGCCCCCAUGUCAGGAUGCAAAGAAUGCCGUUUUGAAAUGUUAUAAAGAACAUUCUAAUGAGCCGAUGAAUUGUUCCAAACUCGUACAGGCCUUCCAACAGUGUGUAGAUGCCAAGAGAGCCAGUUUGAUUGCCAGUAGGGGCUAGUAAAUUCGAACAUGUUUAUAGAAAACACUAAAGUGUUAAGAUGUGUUAUUUGUAAAUACUUAUUAAAGAAAAUGUCUUAUUUU